UGGCGCGAGUUCCGAACGUUGGCUGAGGCGUUCUGGCGGUCUCCCGAGGCAGCGGGAGCCAGCUUUCCGAGUCCUGCUGGCUUCUUCUCAGUUGUCAUGAAGCGGAAAGGCCCGGAGGAGGAGGAGGAGGCGUGCGGCGUGUGGCUGGACGCGGCGGCGCUGAAAAGGCAGAAAGUGCAGACACAUUUAAUCAAAACAGGCACCAAGAUGCUAACACUCUUUCCUGGAGAGAGAAAGCCUAGCAUUUCCUUUACUCAAAGAAGAAAUCCAUCUGUAGGCGUUCGGCAAACCAGCAUUGCUUCCUUCUUCACCUUGCAGCCAGGAAUGACAGAUGGUGGUAACCAGAGAAGUGCUUCGUCUCAUAUACAAAGUCAGAUCAACAUAGAGUCCAAGACAGAUACAGCCCAGCCAGACCAUUUGAUCCAGGGCUUGGGAGAUGAUUGCACUACACCUCCUUUGGCCACCUCAACCCCUGCAGACAUCCAGGAAACUGCACUUUCUCCUUUGUCCUUGCAGACUUCUGGCCGCCACAGUUUGGGAACCCCAUUCUUAACUCUGCUGCCUUUGUCCCAACCUGACACCCUCAUCUCUGCUGGUGAGAAUGAUGCUUCACUGGCUUUUUCCUUCACCCAGGACUUGGAAAGUUCUUUGCUGGACCCAAAGGAGGGAAAGAGGGAUUCUUCCAGGAAAAGGAAGUGGCUUCGUGGAUCUAAGAACUAUCAGAACAUGGAGAGACACAUCAAAGUACCUGGGGACAAAUGCCAUCAGCCCUUGGAUAAAGCUAAAUUGGAAAGGAAGAUGUCUGCCAAAGAAAACAGGCAGGCCUCGGUGUGCCUUCAAACUUCUGGGGAGUCCUGGAGUGGGGAAAACACAGAAUCAGGGAAGGGAAACCCUUGUCCCAUUUCUGUAUUUUCCUGGGAGAGCGAAAAGAAUGAUAAGGACUCCUUGAGUCAGCUUUUCACCGAAGAUUCUCAGGGCCAGCGAGUCAUUGCCCAUAACAGCAGAGCGCCUUUCCAAGAUGUAACCAAAGUCUGGAAUCGGGGUUUAGGACAGUUUCCUAGGAGCUCUCAGGCUCAGUGCCAGGAUGGGACCACUCAGUUAAGCCUGGAGUCUGACUUGCUCUUUACCCAGGAUUCUGAAGUCCAAGCUCUAGCUUGUCAGCAAGACUGUCUAAUUGAGAGGCAGAAACAUCUGCGGUGA